GAAUUAUUAACACUAACUAUUCCAGCCAGGCUGUGUCACACAGAAGUGCUGAUCUCACCUCUUGUGUGUCAGCAGUGCAAGGGUUACAUUAAGGGUGUAUCUGUUCUGUCUAUAUAUACAUCUAGAUAUAACCAACAUGCAAGGCACAGUUUUCCCAGCUAAGCUAAAGGCAGCUCCUGAUCUAUAAGGGCACAUACAACUCAGUACAAUACAAAGGAGGACUCAUUUGUACCAGUUGACAAUAAAUAAAACCCACUAUGUCCCAUGUAAUACCCAACCAUGUGUUGCGUGUGGGACAGUCAGUUUGCAUGGCACCCAAAGAAGAAGGAGGGGGUUUCAGACAAGUCAUUCAGCCAAGAGGCAUUCCGAUGACAACUAAAUACUCUUACUUCACUUCAGAAAAAUGUGUCGGAAAUAUGACAUCACAAGUAUGUGCCAAUAGUUUGGCUGAUACAGCUCGGUACAGUGGUCAGAAACACAACUCCAGUUCAUUAUACAAGUCUGUGGAGGAAGCGCCUCACAACCCUAUGAAUGCUCACCAGCGUUUCCCAGAGAGUGUUGGAACUAACCCGCACAACAUAAUACAUGGAUCAGUACCCGAGGUCUGCAAUGGAGGGGAUCCUUUAUCUCCAUCACUGGACAUAUCCAUAGAUAACCUGAACCAGCUCAUCUUGCAGCUGGAUCCCACUUUCAAACCUUUGCCUCUUAACUCUGAGCUGGUGGUAAAAAGGCAUGAGCCAUGUAGUCAAGGGACUGUGAAGACCACCUGUCCUACAGAAAUUAAAUGUGGCAGGGUGAAUUCUACAAGAGUGGUUUGUCAGGAGAAUAUACAACGUUCUUCUAGUCCCACCCCAAAAGUUGAAGGCAUUCUGAUUGCUCGGGGAACACAAAACUGUACGCCCAAUAGCAGCCUUAUUUUCGGUGAGUCCCAAUCACAUGUCAGUGGGCACCAAGGUCAUCAUCAAUAUCCAUCUGCUGCAAGUUCCUACCAAACCACUGAAAUCAUUGCUGUUCCACUUCAGAGGUCACGACAAUACAACCCUACAAUAUCCACAUCACUUGGCUCAGACAGCUCACAUGACAUAAGACCUUCAUUCUUCAACAACGAGGGUUCCUUCAUGUCUACAAGCCCUGGGUCAGACACCAGUUACAUUCUGGGAAGCACCCAGUCUCUUCAGUAUGAUGACUUUGAUGGUCACCAAUUUCCUUCAAGAUUAUCAGACAGCCCAUUUGGGUCACUUGGCUCAUUUUCCAAUCUGAACAGCCCUAGUAUCAUGUCAACUACCACAUCUAUACAUCACUUUGAGCACAAGGGCAGUUUUGACCACAAGUCCAAGACGUUUCCUCGCACUCCUACAAAUGGCCAUGCCAACAGUUGCCCCCCUUCUGUCAACAAUUCUAUUAUGGACAUCCCCAUCCUUCUGGUUAACGGGUGCCUGGAAAACGGAGACAGCUCCCCCAAAUCUUCAAGGCGGUUUCUGGGUGGAAACAGAAGAAAAAGUUCCUCCACGUUCAACAAAACCUGCUCUGAAUCCUCUAUUCCAACUUGCUCAGACAGUACCAUAAAAGAGGGGCAGCAUGGCAUGAAGUUUGUGAUGGACACUUCCAAACACUGGUUUAAAGCCAACAUCACACGAGACCAAGCCAUUGAGUUCCUGAAGGACAAAGUGCCUGGAACAUUCAUUAUACGAGACAGCACAUCUUACCGAGGAUCCUUUGGGCUGGCCAUGAAGGUCCCAGGAAUGCCAUCAAAAACAGGUAACACAACAAAUGAACUUGUACGACAUUUCUUAAUUGAAUCAUCUGCAAAAGGCGUCCAUCUAAAAGGUGUUGCGGAAGAGCCGUAUUUUGGUAGCCUCUCUGCCCUGGUGUAUCAGCAUACUAUCACCCCAUUAUCGUUACCAUGCAAGCUGCUCAUCCCAGAUAAAGCUCAUAGUGAUUGUGACAGCAGCCCUGAUUCUUUCCCAGAUGCUGUUUCAGAGCUCAAGUCUUCUGCAGCAUGCAACGUCUUAUAUCUGAACUCGGUCAGCACAGAGACCCUUACUGGAUCCAAUGCCAUCCAGAAAGCUGUGACUGCUACUUUUGAACGGGCCGACCUCACUGUGCCAACCAUCGUCAACUUCAAAGCCACAGAACAAGGCGUCACCCUGACUGACGUCCAACGCAAAGUAUUUUUCAGACGUUUCUAUCCUGUCUCGUCCCUCAGUUUCUGCAGUGUAGAUCCUGAACUUAGAAAGUGGCAGAAACAUUGCAAAUCUUCAAGGAUUUUUGGCUUUGUGGCAAAGAAUCCAUCAGAUCCUUCAGACAACGUGUGCCAUGUAUUCGCUGAGUAUGAUGUCGUUCAGCCUGCCUCACUCAUAAUUAGCUUCCUGUCAAACUUGAUAAAGCAGCAAGAGAGGGUGUAAUUCCUUUUCUCUCCACUGGAGGCAUUUCUACCCUGUCUACUUAUCAGAAACAAGUGACUCCAGACUCCAGUAAGAGAAAAAAUGUUUUUGGAAAAUCUUGGACUCCUUCAUCAAGAGAACUUUUGAACUUUUAAUCUGGCUUGAACAGUAUCAGAGGAAUUUACCAGACAAUUGAUCAGGAUAAACAUUGAUGAACAUUUUAUUGAUAUCCUAUUAAAGUAUACCAGUCACAUACACACAUUAGAAGCAGCCAGUUUAUUGGCUUAACCAAUAUUCUGUUUUAUCAAGCCACGUUGUGCCUCAUGCCUCAGUGAUGUCACUAGUCUCCAGUAAAUAUAAUGAUAUAUUGGUUGCUUGCUCGUGGCUAUUGGCUAAUCAUACUAAAUGUCUGUUUGCACUGUGUGUGGUAGACAUGGGCACUUUAACAACAUUUUAGAAGGCCAACUUGCAGUAUCAUGGUUAUGUGCUUUCUUAAUUACUAUCAUUAUAUCAAGAUAAUGAAAUAUAUAUAGAGAGAGAGAGAGAGAGAGAGAGAGAGAGAGAGAGAGAGCUGUAUGGCACUCAGGACGGCUUGCAACAAGCCACAAAAGACCACUGUUUAUUUGUCAAUGUUUCAGAACUCUAUUUUUCAUUCUUUCAUCAUACAAUAAUUCUGAACACUGCCACUGGGCUAUUAAUAUGUGUAUGUGCCUGCUUAUUCUAGCUGUGGACUGUUUUGCACCUAAGGGUGAUAGUGGUGUUGCAGGAUGGGCCUAGGGCUUAGUGCAAUGUGCACCACCAGAAGAACAGCACACCCAUUAGUGCUCAGUAUUAAACCAUUAAAGUAGAAGUAGAUUGCAAGCUUUUCACAGCAAAAACCCAGCCCUUAUUUACAUGUUGUUUUCAAUAUUUCAUUUUCACAUUUUGUAUAUUGAGACAAUAUUCAAAGCAUAGCCAAUGUAUUAUUACUGCCCCCAACUAAUCCCCUUUAUGCACUUUGUCCAUGUUGGAUAUUAUUUAGUAGACAUAUGUUAUAUUUAUAUUUUUA